AUGACUCCAAUCCACCCAGAAAUCCCUAAAACUAUGGCCGCCGUCGUCUUCAAUGGCCCACACAAUAUCUCCUUAGAAACAAAACCUGUCCCAGCCCUUUCUUCCCCAGGCUCCGUUCUUCUGCGUGUAAACUAUACCGCUCUCUGCGGCUCCGAACUCCACGUGUUUCGUGGCCACCAGCCGUCCCCCACUGGUUUCAUCAUGGGACACGAGUUCACAGGUGUCGUUGUGCGGGCCGGCGCAGACGUCCGUACCCUUGCAGUCGGUGAUAAAGUCGUCUCUCCAUUCACAAUCUCCUGCGGGAACAACUGCUUCUACUGUAAACAUGGCGCCUCCUCGCGCUGCACAAAGUCCCGGCUUUUCGGUACUGCUGCCCUCGACGGCGGCCAGGCUGAAUAUGUCGAUGUUCCACUUGCUGAUGCCACCCUUGUCAAGCAACCCCAUCUUAAGCCAGGUGUCGACCCAGUCUCUGCAGAAAAAAAACUUGUCCUAAUGGCUGAUAUUUUCCCCACUGGCUAUUUUGCUGCCAAAAAUGCUUUCAAGGAAGCCUACUUUACUCAGCCUGGUUACAACCGUCCAGAUACUCCGCCUUCCACUGAUUCUGAAACUAGCCGUUUUGUAGCUCUUGUUGUGGGUUGCGGUCCUGUCGGGCUCUGUGCCAUUGCUGCUGCUAAACAUUUACUUCCACCUGAUGCGAUUCUUUAUGCAAUCGAUUCUGUCCCAGCCAGACUCGAACUUGCAAAGUCUCUGGGUGCAAUUGCCCUGCCACUUGACCAAGAUCCUGUUGCUACUAUCAAAAAAGCUACCGAGGGUCGUGGCGCUGAUGCAGUCAUGGAAAUCGUGGGCCAUGCUUCAGCCUUACGCUUGGCUUUUGAUGCCGUCAGACCUUGGGGUCGUAUUGCAUCUGUGGGCGUACACAAUGAAGAUAUCCCAAUCACUGGCAAUGAGGCCUAUGGCAAGAACAUUACUAUUCAGUUUGGCCGAUGCCCCGUGCGUUCCAUUUUUGACGAUGCUCUAAAGGUCUUUGUACAAGUCAUGGACCAGCUUGACUUCCUUACAGGUACUGUUGUAAAGCUUGCAGAUGCCAAAGAGGCCUACGAUCUGUUUGACCAGCACAAAGUUGAAAAGAUUAUUUUUGAAAUUUAA